UUCUUUAUUCAUGAAGAGAGCGUCGAGCAAUCUCGUGAGGAAAAUCUCGUCGGCGGUGGAAUGGAGCACUCUCGUCGAUGGCCAGAAUAGAGUGACCGGCGCCUCGCUCACUCUGAUCCGCGAGCGGGCGCAUCUCAAGGCCGAGCAAGUUCGUGCUGCCGGCGGUGCUAAAGCCACAUCGUGCCUGCUGGGAGUCCCUCUUGGUCACAAUUCUUCCUUCUUGCAAGGUCCCGCAUUUGCCCCUCCUCGCAUUCGCGAGGCUAUCUGGUGUGGUAGUACAAACUCCACCACCGAGGCAGGCAAGGAGCUUGCGGACAUUCGAAUCUUGACGGAUGUAGGGGACGUCCAAAUCCAAGAGAUGCGAAGUUGCGGUGUGGAAGACGAAGCUCUGAUGCAAAUCAUCAGUGAUUCUGUCAAGCUCGUCAUGGACCAGCCCCCACUGACGCCUUUGAUUCUGGGAGGCGAUCAUUCCAUCUCGUAUCCCGCGGUGCGUGCUGUUACAGAGCAUCUCGGCGGUCCUGUCGACGUGUUACAUUUGGAUGCUCAUCCGGAUAUCUAUCACGCUUUCGAAGGAAACAAGUUCUCUCACGCAUCCUCGUUUGCGAGAAUCAUGGAGGGUGGCCAUGCAAGGCGGCUACUACAGGUUGGACUACGAUCGAUAAACAAAGAAGGGAGAGACCAGGGCCAAAAGUAUGGAGUCGAGCAGUACGAAAUGAGACACUUCAGCAAGGACAAAGAAAAGCUUCAAAAUCUGAAACUUGGUGAGGGCGUGAAAGGAGUCUAUAUCUCGAUCGACGUCGACUGCCUGGAUCCGGCUUUUGCUCCCGGCGUCUCCCACAUCGAGCCCGGCGGCCUUUCUUUCCGAGACGUGAUGGACAUCGUCCAGAACCUCGAAGGCAACAUUGUUGGCGCGGACGUUGUCGAGUUUAAUCCACAGCGGGACACUGUCGACGGGAUGACGGCAAUGGUCGCAGCCAAGCUCGUCCGCGAGCUCACAGCCAAGAUGUCCAAGUAAAGCUCCUUACCAGUAAUCUCCGCACGAGCAAGAUCCAUCUACGAAGUGGUGAAACCGGUGUGUGUCUCUCACCACGAUCUCUUUGUUCACGAUUUUGGAUAUAAACUUGGUUGCGUUGUGACAGUC